GACCUAAAGAAGGCACUUCUGUUGGUCUUGAUCGGUGCGCCUACCAAGCAGCUGAAGGAUGGUCUCAAAAUCCGUGGGGACAUCCACACCCUGAUGAUGGGCGAUCCUGGAGUGGCCAAGAGCCAGCUGCUGAAGCAGGUAACUUACAUUGCCCCGCGCUCCGUGUACACCUCGGGGAAGGGCUCGAGCUCUGCCGGUCUUACCGCCAGCGUGAACCGCGACAACUCCACCGGUGACGUCACACUCGAAGGUGGUGCAUUGGUGAUGGCUGACUGCGGGGUGUGCUGCAUCGAUGAGUUCGACAAGAUGGACGAGAAGGACAGAACAGCGAUUCAUGAGGUCAUGGAGCAGCAGACCAUUAGCAUCGCAAAGGCAGGCGUUACGACCACCCUCAACUGUCGAACGACAGUCUUGGCAGCGGCCAACCCCGUCUACGGCCGGUACAACCCGUACAAGUCUCCCGUGGAGAACAUCGACCUCCCCGCAGCCCUCCUCUCACGAUUUGACCUCGUCUUCCUGUUGCUGGAUACGGUGGAUGGCGACAGGGACAAGCAGCUUUCCAGGCACGUCGCGGACGUCCGCAGCAAGUACCAAAAGCAG